UUAGUACGAGCUGGAUCUUUGUGCUGUCACGACGUUCCGUUAAGAUAAUGUAUACGACAGUGCGUUAGAUAUUUUUUUCCCUCUCACGAUCCACUGACGGUCAGGACACAGAUCUGUCAUCUGUAGUAAAUCGUGGACAUCCGCCUGAGAGGAUUGAAUAAGUGUAAAGGAUUACAGAUUCGGUGGAAAUAGUGAAAACGAUGUUCCAACGUGCGCAUUAAUGCGGAUCUCGUUAUCGGGAAGUUUUCGUGAGAGCAAGUGAUUUUCUAUCGCUGCAGGGAGGAAGGACCUCCUCGGAGCUGCUGCCAAGUGAUACCGACUUUCCUGGUGGGAAGGGAGUGAACUGUGGUUUAGAGGUAGAAUCGGAAAAACUCACGAAUACCAUUACAGGGAGGGAAAAUUGGAGAACAUUAGUGAUAUUUGGAAUCUAGUUUAGAGUUAAGUUACAUUUAAAGAUGUGAUGAUUCGACGAAGGAUAAGUUAGAACAAGAAUUAUUCUGUGCCAGUAAAUCGCAAAAAUCUUUCACCGUGUAUAAAAAACAGUGAAGCUUUAAUCGAGGGGAAAUUUCCCUUUUCUCACCAGUUUCGGUGGGUGUGUUUGUGAGAAAUUGCCUUGGAUGCUGUAUGUAGAGAUAUGUGGGAAAGUGUAUACUAGAGCAGUGAGAUUUGCGAUAAUUUCGAAACACCAACACUGAACCAGAGCAGUCUCAGCAGCAGUGGUGCAGCGCGGGCAGAGAGGACUCUGGUAGUAUUUGGUGACAUACCAGGAAGUGGAUGCUUUUGACAUCUGGCAGAUUUUUCCUACAGUGAAUGGUUUGCCUACGAGGUGUAGUGUACGUAAGAAGCCAUGUGCUAUCAAACCUAAGUUUCCAAAAUCCUCGAGUCGUUUGCAUAUCGAGAUAGUGAGAAUAAAACCUUCUUACGUACUCAAGGCGACUGGAUCGCUAGAAAUUUUAGCGUGGAUGCUAGUGAAACGCAGUAGAAAUAUAAAAUGAGGGUGGAUUUAGUGAAGAGCUUUUCAAUCGGAUGUUGAUGGAAGAUUUAUGAUCUCCGGUUGUCAACCAACCAAUUCGUAUCGAGUAAGAGAAAAAAAAGUUUCUGGGCAAUAAUGAAGACACCACUGCAGAGGAUCGUGUCGAAAGAACGGUGAUUACGCGAAAUCCCGGAAGUGCCGAUAGUCGCGAAGAAACGAGAAAAAGGGGGUGGAUUUUGUUAUCGGUGUGAAUAACAACAGGAAGAUGCAGUCCCUCGUUGAUGGUUAAAUCCGAAAGAAAGCUCGUAAAAAAUUGUGAAUGGUGGUGUGCAUUGUGCUAGUAUUACCAGUCCCAAUGGCAAUGGCGAAACGGGAUAGCUAAGACCAGCGGGAGACAAGUGCAAUUUUCUUUAUUCUGUGGCUGCAACACUAUCUUCCUGGGAUUGGUGAUUCGAUGUUUUCGUUGUUGUUGUUGUUUUUGUGAUGUUGUUUGUUUGGGUUGCUCCUUUCGACUGUGGCUGUGAUUUUUAUUUCGCGAACUGUGAAUUUCGAUAUUGAUGUGAAGUAUAAAUCUUUGGCAAGCUAAGAAACGCUUACCCAGUCAAUGUGUUGGAUUAAAAACGAAGUUCUUAUUCUACUAGUGUCUCUCGUGGCAUCAGCUUUAAUCAACUAGGAAUACCAAAAUGUCUCAUCAACGGUUGCAGCUUCAAACAGUCUUCACAAUUCUAACAGUACUGCCCGCACUACUAGUCGGCGCUCAGCAGCAAAAGUUUCGGGUGAUGCCUCGAGAUCUCCAGGUGCUGGAAGGUUCCGAAGCCCUGUUGCGAUGUGAAAUCUACAACCUGGCUGGAGCUGUACAGUGGACCAAGGAUGGAUUUGCACUGGGGUUUUCCCAAACGAUACCGGGCUACCCGCGCUAUUCGGUGCUCGGUGACCGCGGCCAGGGCGUGUACAAUCUGCGCAUCUCCAAUGCCUCCUUGGAGGACGACGCCGAGUAUCAGUGCCAAGUGGGACCGGCAAAAUUCAACUCAGCGAUCCGAGCCAAUGCCAAGCUGAUUGUAAUAUCACCGCCGUCGUCGAUCGAAAUUCAAGGUUACAGCCACAACUCCAAGGUUGAAGUGCGGGAAGGUCAGGACCUGACGCUGACCUGUGUUGUAGCGAACUCAAAACCGGUGGCACAGAUCGUCUGGUAUCGGGGGAACUCGGAGUUCAAAUCCGACUCCAUCGAAAACAAGGUGAUCGAAACCGAAGGCAAGCGGUACACAGUGACGUCUCAGCUGCGAAUAAAACCCGGCUCGGACGAUGACUACAUGGAGUACACCUGCCAAGCCAAGCACAAGGCUCUCAACCCGGACAAACCAAUGCAGGCGACGGUGCAGCUCUCCGUACUAUAUCCACCGGGGGCACCGUACAUCGAAGGCUACACCCAGGGCGAAACGUUACGACGUGGCCAGAGCGUGGAGUUGAUCUGUCGCAGCCGGGGUGGAAAUCCUCCAGCGCAGUUGAUCUGGUAUAAGAAUGGCGUCCAGGUUCGGAUGGCGUACCGAACGUCGGAGCGGUUGUCGGAAAACAUCUAUUCGUUCACGGCCGAAGCCGGAGACAAUAAGGCCCGUCUGAGGUGCGAAGCGAAUAACAUCAUGGCUACCGCACCACUGAAGACGGAGAUGACGCUGGCAGUGCUGUUUGCACCGACACACGUCACCAUUUCCGGUCCAUCAGAGGCUCGCGUAGGCGACCGGGUUCCACUGCAGUGCCAAACGGCACCGUCUAAUCCGCCGGCAGAGAUUAAGUGGAGCGUCGGUGGUCAUCAAGUGAAAAAUGCCACGUCGCGUACAAUCGAAAGCCCCGAAGGAGGCUGGAUCACGACGUCCAACAUCACGGCACCGGUGGACUCCAACAAGCGCUCGCUAGUGGUCAUCUGUCACGGACUGAACAUGCAGCUCACGGAGAACGUCGUUUCGACUCACACCGUGAACAUACUACUUCCGCCAAGCGCACCGAUAAUUUCCGGUUACAUCGAAGGACAGAUAAUUCCGGCUGGAUCCGUGCAGAAAUUGAUGUGUGUUUCGUCCGGUGGAAAUCCCUUAGCUACACUGAAUUGGUAUAAGAAUGAUAAGAAGAUCAAUUCAGUGAUUAAAUCAGUGGAUAAAUCGGUUUCCGCAGAACUCACCAUCCUGGCUAACGUCACCGACAACCUAGCCAGAUACCGCUGUGAAGCUCAGAACUCGGCCACUGAGAUUCCACUGUUUGAAACGAAAACGCUUAGCGUGCACUUUUCCCCGGAGACGGUGAAGAUAACGAUCGAUCCUGCGGAACUGAAACCAGGUAUCGAAGCAACACUAAUCUGCGAUUCGAGCUCCAGUAAUCCACCGGCUAAAAUUUCGUGGUGGCGCGACGGAAUUGCUGUUCAAGGCAUAAAUAAUGCAUCCAAGCCAGGCUUGUGGGGUGGCACAGUAUCGUCACUGGAGCUGAAGGUAAACAUUACCCAGGAUAUGAACGGAAACGUCUAUACGUGUCAGAGUACGAACGAAGCAUUACAGCGCAGCGUACACGAAGCAGUCAAUUUGCAAGUACUAUAUCCACCCAAAUUCUCACCGCCUCCAUCAUCUACUGCCGUUGGUGUUGAAGGAGAAUCUCUAACAGUUGCUAUGGUUGCCACCGGUAAUCCAAUGUCCAUCGCAUAUACCUGGACUAAGGAUGGAUUACCUAUACUAUCUUCUGAUGUCCAACGGAUUGUCUCCGAGGGACCGAUCCUGAAUAUUACCAAGCUGACGCGAAACGAUGCCGGCAUCUACACGUGCGAAGCCGUCAACUCCCAAGGCUCGGCGAUGAUUAAUAUCACAGUCGUGGUCGAAUAUGGCGCAUCGAUAAAAUCCAUCUCUGAGAACGUGGUCGUAACUCCGGGCGAGGAUGCAAUGCUUUCAUGCACCGUUGAAGGCAAACCAUUGAACGAAGAGCACAUUCGAUGGGAACGAAUCGGAUACGACAUGACGAUAAAAACGUCGACGACGUACGCGAACGGAACCAGCUAUCUGCACAUCAAGGAUGCCCGACGCGAGGAUGUUGGCAAUUUCCGCUGUAUCGCUGAUAAUCGUGUUGCAAAUCCAACCAGCCGUGAUGUUUUAUUGAUUGUGAAAUUUAUACCGGAGAUUGACAAAUCCCCACCGAUGCUCCGCGCUGCAGCGAGCGGCGGCGAACGGGGUCGACUGCCCUGUCGGGCCCAAUCUGCACCUAGACCCAAAUUCUACUGGUCCCGGGCAGGCCAAAGUCUGAACGUAAACCAAACCGCUAAAUACUACGUCGAGAACAAACAAAUUGACUCGCUGACAUACGAAUCGAUUCUACUAAUCGAACGAGUAACAUCCAACGACUACGGUCAGUACGAGUGUACGGCACGGAACGAGCUCGGCAGUGUCAAAGAAAACGUUCGGUUGGAUGUAACCUCCCCACCGGAUCCACCGCUCAGUUUAAACAUCCUAAACGUAACCCAUGAUACCGUGAUGCUCGCCUGGACACCCGGAUUCGAUGGUGGCAUGAAAGCCAACUAUCGGGUGCGCUAUCGGGAAGCCAACAGCGAUCACUACCGGUACGAGGAUAGUCUUCCCAACUCUCACAAGCUGACCAUCGUCGGGCUGAGAAUGAACACUCUAUAUCUGUUCUCGGUGAUGGCUUCCAAUGCGCUCGGAUCCAGCAAAUAUCUGCCCGAUACAACUCGCGCACAAACGAAAGACACCCCUCCAUCCCAACCGGCUUCUUCCCUAGGCAGUAAACCGCCGGUUGGUCCGCCACCGUCGUCCAUCGGAGCUUCCGGACUGUUGCUCCUGAUAGGUGUCGCGGCCGGCAUCUGUCUGGUACUGCUCAACAUUUUGCUCAUCGGAUGCUGCAUCCAUCGGCGAACCAGUCACAAGCGAGUGAAAAGGGGACCGGAACCAGUGCCCUCUGAGUUGGCGGAAAAGGCGGAACUUCCGAGUUUCGUUAUUUUCUGCAUUGCACUCGCCGGUCUCUGUCUGCUGGUGGUGAAUGCUGGUCUGGUAGCCUGGUUUAUCAUUAAGAAGAGAUCGAAAGAUUCAUCCAAUCAAAAUAGCAAAUCCGCCACCAUUGAAAUGUAUGCACCAAGUUCAUACAAUGACACCGUUACUGGAGAAACACUGUCCAGCGUGUCGGAAAAGAGCGACUCUUACUCUAACGACGGUAGCCAACCGGACUACAUGGACGAAACUCGAAAAAAAGCUGCCUCCACGUAUCUGGUGGAAAACACUGAUAUGCCACCACCCCGCUAUCAGAAGGACGGAACACUGCCCCACUAUCCUAACAAUAUCAGUGCAGCUCACACACGUACGUUACCCCAUCCACGACACAACAAUGUACCGUACGAGCAGCGUAGCCGCGAUGAUCAGCUGCUUGGCAAGAGUAACUAUGUCACCGCACCGUCCCCGGGGCCACCACUCGAUGGGUCCUACUACAAUAUGAACAGCGACCGGUACCUUUCCUAUCCGCCUAUGGACUACCCUCCGAUGGAAUUCUCCACACCGCCACUGCCAGUGAUACCGGCACUACCGGCCAACACGAAUGGAACUCUGAGGAGGGGUACACGGGCGAUGGUUCCGCCGCCAGACGUGACACAUCACACGCAGCACACUGUAAAAUCUUUGCACGACAGUUCUGCCUCUUCCGGAGGACUAAUGAACAUCUCACAAGUGUCUCAGUCUACACCCAAACAACCGCAGGGUAUUCUGAAAGACCCAAACAAGCGCAACCAACAGCAGCAGCAGCAACAACAACAACAACAACAGCUGCAAUCCAAUCAGCCACAGGUCGGCAUGAACCAUCUGAAUAACAUCGGCGGCGGAUUGCAGAUGCUAGGCGUUCAGAACCCAUCGCCGGUGCCUGGUUUAGUUUCAGUCGGUGGCAGUUCCCUGGGACCCGGGGGAAGCAGUUUAGGUAACAAUUUGUUAAUCGGAUCGUACGAUCCGAGCAGUACGAAUCUGAGUUCGUUUAAUGCGUCGCUCGGCUACACGGACGCCGACGGACAUCUAGUGUAGGCAAAUAUUCUGAUAAUAAUGAGUAAAUUAGUAGUCUAGACCCCCCGGAGUAGGUAACCCUCAACCGAAUCAACGUAAAAAACCAGAAUAUUCUAACGAACGGAAGAUGACUGCAUAGAACAAACGAAAGGACAGAGAACCCUUGAACCGUUCAGAAUCCAAUAGGAAAUGGCUUACGCGAUGGGGAACGCUGCCUCAGUAGUAGCUGAAACCGAGAACAGAAACACAAAGAGAAUUAAGACAAAGAUAAUUCUAUUAAAACAAUCUUUUUAACCUUAAAGUAAUUAAUAAUGACAAUUUAAUUGUUGAGUUUUAAAACGAGCAGUAGAAUACAUACUGUGUUGAGCGAUUGGAUGAGAGUGAGCGAAAACGCGAAGCAAAGUGUGUACCAUGUUAAAUAUUUUACGUUACAACCAAGCAGGGGUGGUUCCUGGGUAGUCCAGCCGUUGAGCCCAGUGUGUCCAUUUUUAAGGCGUGUGAGCGUGGAAUGUAAUCAGUCUUCUCAGUUAAGUGAUUCAUUUGUAAAGUUUUUAAUAAGUAGAUCUUCAUAUACGCAUACCUAAAGGUAAUGUUUUCCGUUAAUAGUUGAUUAGAUGCUUCGUCGUUGGUUCAUGAUGUUGGAGAAUGUUUAAUGUAGUGCUGAUUUAUUAAUUUAUGAUUCUUUCGAUGAAUCUGAAUGCAUUGUUAAACGAAAACAUAUUUGAGAAAAUAUUUAAAUCAAUUGCAAAGUUGGCACCCACUUUACUUAUUUCUUUGGGCAGUAUGAUUUGGUUGCUGUGUAUUUCAGUUCGAAUAAGUCAGUUUAAAAUUUCUACAGUUCAGAUACAAACAAUAUUUUGAACAUCUUUUUACAGAAUGAUGGAUGUGGAAGUCUGAUAAUCGAUUCUUAUUCCAAGAAGGAAGUAGUUUUCGGAAACUGAUUAUUCAAAUGAGAAAAAAAAAAGUUUGAGUUUAGUUAAAAAAAUAUAAACUUUCUUUCGAAUUACUGGCAUUAAAAAUGCUUCCAGAUCAGAAUUCGAACACAUAAUAUGACAACCCGAGUUUAUUUUUACCUGUGUACAUGUAGUAAUCCUCUUGAUAUCCCUAUAAUUUGCGAAUCAGCUUUCGGUUAAUCGACUACUGAUGCAUUUAAAAUAAAAAUAAACAUCAUUUUGAAUUAGUAAUUCAUGAGUAUCUUGCUGAAUUUAUACAUAAUCGAGAAAUCAAACUUCAAUAACAAAAAAAAUAGUCUCUCUCCCAAAUAAUUAAAAUUUCGGAUAAAAUAAAAUAAUUUGGCUUUGGAAGUUUAGAAAUAGUAGUUUGAGCAACCCCUUCCUAGAGUAAAUAUCACCAUUUGAAAGUUCACGCAAUGCAACUGAACGAACUUGUAUGCAGCUUCUUGAAUUAUGUUCUCUGUUAAUUUCAUGUGGCCCUUUGUGCAACGAGAAUGUAUUCUUGGAUUAGAAUUGGAAUUUAAAAUUUUCACUUGUAGUUGAAUUGACGAAUGCUAAUCAAUAUUCGUUACUUUAAUUUCAUAAUAUUCAGCUUACGAUCGAGGUAUAUACUAUAUGAACACUGACCAAAGGCAAUCUUGCAGAUUGAAAAAUGAAAGACGAAUAGAAUUUCGGAAAGUAUAUCCCAGAGACAGGCCUAAUACUUUUACAAGUUAUACAAGAUAUAAGCUUAAGGAUUGUAAGUGUCAAUACGAUUGUAGCUGGAAGUCAAUAGGAUCAUAGCCCCAGCCAUGCAAAUAUUAAAAUGGAAUGGGAAACUCCACAACAGGAAUAUAAUAACAAGACAUCCCUGGGACGGGUAUAGCGUGAUGGGAUAGUCGAUGCCUAUCACGCAGCCCACCUGGGUUCGAUUCCCAACCCCGCACAUAGGGCCAGAAAGAUUUUCUGGUCCGAAGAGGCGAAUGACCUUAAGGUGUUAAAACCUCUAUAAUUGAAACAAAAAAAAAAAACAAAACAUCGGUUUAGAGGAUGUAAGGUUGUUACGAUACCUACCAAGAUUCCAUAUUCCAUAAUUGCACCUGAACAGUUUGGAUGAAUGUCAGCAGCAAAGAUAGCACUUAGCAUAGGUCAAAGUUCUUUGAUUUGAUUUUAUAAAAUGUGAGAAACAAUUUUUAGAAACGGGCGAAAUUAUUAAAACUUGUUUCCUAGAUGCUGAGCUUAACUUCAGCCUCAAAGCGGCAUUAAUUCCGAAUGUAUCAAUAUUAAAUUACAUCAAGAGCGCUGGAAUACUUCAUCAAAAUACACUUAUUCCAUCUUCGUUCAUAUACGAAUACAUUUGAUGAAUACAAACACGUGGAAAAUCGUAAUUGAGAGUUACGAUUAGAUUUGUGAAUACACAAUACAAUUCGUUGCAUUCACUACUUUUUUGGAGAAAAAAUGAAAGUACCUUUACCUGCAUAAUUAAAUUGUUGGCGAUUCUUUGGAAUGAGCUGUUUGUUCACCUCAAGUCAUAGAAGUACUGUUUUCUCAACAUCUACAGACUUUAGCCUAGCCGUUCAUAACACAAUCCUUCUUGAAGCACACCCGUGCAUAAAUUUGUUUUUGCUCUUAGAGCAUAAAUCCCUACUUAAAAAAUUGCUAAACAACUAUCAUAUUACAGAUCUCUAAAAACCAAUUCGAAUUUACUAUAAUUUAACUUGUUACAUUUAUGUCAAUGUAACCAAAAUGACGUUUAUAAAGAGCACAAAUUGAUUAUUCAAUAUUUUUCCCAUCACCAUGGACCAACUUCAAACGCAAACGAAAUUCGUAAUAAAUUAAGCUCUCGUAUCGAACUGAUUUCGAUAUAAACAGUUUUAUUCUCUUUUUGACACAAAAAUCGAUGCCUGGCGACGAAAUAGCUCGAAAAUGAUAACAAUCUGGAGCCGGAGUGUAGAUAAAGCACAUAUAUUUAUGGAUGAGAAAGAUCAAAUAUGUAACUUUAUUCAAACAAAACAGAAGAGUAAUAAUACUCUGCGAAACAGAAACGACAUUUAUCAAAUUUGAAUUUAAAAUGCCGACAAAAAGUAAUCUACAUAAACAAGGGAAUUAAGACUAGACAAAUGCCCUUUGGACAAAAGGAACGGACUUGAAGCUCAAUUUUUAAUGUUACAAACAAUAAAUAAAAAACCGAAGUGUGACAGCUAAUGUAUGGUACCUACAUUAGAAAGUGAAUCGUGAAAAGAGAAGAAAAAUCAUUCACGACAAAAAGCGAAAUUAAUCAAUUUAGGUGUCUAAUUGUCUCUAUCUGUUCAUUGCUAAAAAAGAAGUGAACCGUACAAAAGAUACGGCAACAUUAAAAAAACUAAGUCUUUGUGAUUCCAGUCCAAGAGCGGAUGCUCAAAGAAACAGCGAGGGCAAAAGAAACACAUUAUGCCAAUUAUUAAGUUUAAAAUCGAGUUUAAAUCAAUCACUCAAGUGAAUUCUGAAGGAAACAAAACAAAAGAAACGAAUCUUGUAAAUAUAGUUCCCACAAAAGAAGAAAGGGAAUUUCAAAUCUAAAAAAAGCAGCCGAGAGCAAAUGUAGACCGAGAGAAAAGUCUUUAUUUAUAGAUAAAGUCAUUAAAGUAUGAUAAUGGAUUUUUUAAAUCUUAAAAAUCGAUAGGGAAUAGCAGAAUAGUUGAAAUAUGAGCAGUGACACAUACACACAAACACGAGAGGAUAAGAACUGUAAAUAUUUCUUGUAUUAUAUUAUAAAACCUAUAAAUAUAACAAAACUUACUUUCAAAAAGGUUUUUUAAAAGAAAACGAAGAACAAAAUUUAUAUACAUGUAUCAUAAAGGGAGAAUCCAUGACAUAUUCAGUUUCAACUUUCAAGCUAACUCAAACACGGAGAAGAAAACAUAGUGGAGAGCCGUAAUUUUGAUGCAAAAAUCAGGGAAAUUCAUAACAACAAAUCCAUAGCAGAUUUUCAUCAGUAUGCAUCCACAGCAUGCAGUUAAAAAACUUUCCCUUUCCCUGAGCAACUACCAAUUCUGUUUAUCUUGCAGAAAAAAGUUUUCCUUAUCAACAGAUAACAAUGGUUAGCGAAUAUCUUCACUUCUUAGACAAUAAUUAAUUAACCAAAAACAAAAAUGAAUGAGGAAAUGAUAUCAAACAACAACCGAAGUAAUCCGAGUCCAACAUCAAACGUCAAACGUAAGCAGCUGUCUGUUUUUUUAAGAAUAAAAAUCCGUACGGACACUUAAAUUUUCAUCCCAUUAAUGGGACCGGCAAACUCAGAUGAAUAUACCUCAAUUUGUAAGUCGAGUAAGAGUCUGAGCGAUUAGAUUGGUCGUACAGGUCAAUAGUGGAACUCCAAACCUUCCUCUGUUUUAGAUAGUUAUUGUUUGUAAAUAGUAUGUUGUUCCAAGGUCGAUCAACGCAAACGCAAAAGCCUCUCCAUCAAAUUAUUUGCCAAAGAGAAAAACAUUGCAAAAUGUUUUCAGUUUUAAAUUUGUGUUUAUAGAAGUGCAGCAAAAUCAAACUUUUAUGUUAAGUUUAUUUAGUACUACUUUUAGUCACUACAUUCUAAGAGGUACCUAUAAUUUUGUCCGUUUAUUUAAGUUGCUGACAAACCGAGAGCUUAACCGUACUAAAAUACUCCUUAUUAAGUAAGCAAUCAGUUCGCUGGAUUUAAUUUUAACAAACCCAGCAUGGAAAUAAGCGAAUGAAUAAUUUAUUUAUCUCCUAGAAACCCGUUUUACUUUUGUUCAAGAUGAUCUCAUAUUAUCAAACAACACAAUUACGAACCACAGCACCUGAACAGUCCCGACUUUAUUAAAAAAAAAGAAUGAUUCCCUUGAUUAAUCCUCAAACGGUACACUUUGAACACCCCUUGUAUCAUAUUAUGGAAGAUCAAACCAAUUCAUCAAAUCUUCUUAGAUAGUCAAUGAAAGUAAAAAAAAACAAUCCAAUAUUCUGCUCACACUGCAAACAAAACCUUUACAAUCAAACGAAAAUGCAGAGCCAAAUUAGACGAGAAGUUUAAAAACACAUUUCCUCUCAAAUUAAAUGUAAAAAGGAAGAAACUUUUAGUUCCGUCGAUUUUCUCACCCAUUGUUCAUUCGAUCGCAUCUUUCUGUUUUCUGUUGUACCCAUCCACACAUACUGAUGAACAGAAAAACAAGCUAACUAACCGACACAGAAGAAAAUGUCAAAGGUAUUGUGACAGUAAACCACGAAAUUAAUUUCGAACUUUUUAACGAGCAGUCAAGUGUGAAACGUCUUUAAAAUGCAGGCACUGAACAAGUGAAAAAGUGUUCACAAUCGCUGGACUGGUCAUACUCAAGUAUAGCAAAAAAAGCGAAACAAAAUAAUAACGCGAUGAAAUACAGAUAAUGGGAGGAAAAAUCCGGACACAAAACGGACGAAAAAGUAAAAAACAAAUUUUCUGUCAAUAUAUACACAGUAAAUAAUUUUUAAUAAAUUUAAUUAUUUUUCAUUACAAAUUAA